UCAUGCUGUAAAUGUUUGAUUUUAAGGGAAACAAUAAACAAUGGGUUAGGAAAGGAAUUUGUCUGUCUUUUUUAACAGGCGUGUUUAUAAAGAAUGACCAUUUUUCAACUACUGUUCAAUAUGAUGUAGAAAAUUGUGCAGAGUUUUUACAUCGAUAUAGAGGAACAAUUUUGGAAUUUGAUAGGAUAAACACUUGUUUGGCCACCCAACUCAAAAUUGGGGGAAAAUUUUCAAGUGGGUAUUGAUCAUUCCAUCCUGCAGAUUAGACUAGAAUGAUUUCAAUUUUCAGUUGGGCAUAGAAAUUCAGAUUCGAUUGAUUUAAGGAAAGGAGUUUCAUGAUCUGUAGAUUCGUUACAGCCUGAAUGUCUAAGGAGGUGGAGAAGAUUUCUGCACAAGUAUGUGUGGGUUGCUCUAUAAAGGAUAUUCAUGGCCUCCUGAUCCCCACAAUAAUCUCUUCAGGAAUUUCAGAAAAAAAGACACAGAAGAAAACAAAUAAUGGAGGAAGAAUUCCGAGUGGAACCAGAGAAUUUGAGAUUGCAACUUCAUUGGGAUUGAUUGAUGGAUUCUUCACCAAUCAUGAAUGCAUUCCUUCUAUGAAAUCUGCUUAUCUAAAGUUCAAGCAAGUUUAUCCUGCCUAUGAGAGUACAGGACUAGCAGAUGAAAUUAGAGACAAGGAGUACAGCUAUUUAGAGUCUAAUAAUCAUGUCUGCAUGGACUACAGUGGAUUUGGAUUAUAUUCACAUCAUCAGUACCAUCACGAUGUUUUCCCUUCAUCAUUUAGUCUUUCUUAUCUGUCUGCAAAUCUACCAUCCCAUGCCUUAUAUGGAGCAGCAGAGUCAGGCACUCUGGAGUUUCAGAUCAAAAACAGGAUAAUGAAGUUUAUAAGGAUUCAGGAGAAGGAUGAUUACAGUGUGGUUUUUACAGGCAGCAGAGGCUCUUCAUUUGGGUUGUUAGCAGAAUCCUAUCCUUUCCAUGUCAAUAAAAGGCUUCUGACAGUCUAUGAUUAUGAAAAUGAGGAGGUGGAUUGUAUGGUGGAAAGUGCAAAGAUAAAAGGAGCCAAAACCAUGUCUGCCCUGUUCAAAUGGCCUUCCUUGAGGAUCUGUUCUGAUGAGAUGAAAAGAGCUUUGAUGAUUAAGAAGAGGAAGAUUGCAAAGGAGGCUAGUAGUGAUUCUGCCGAGGGGUUGUUUGUAUUUCCUGUGCAGUCUAGAGUAACAGGGGCUAAGUAUUCUUAUGAAUGGAUGAGUCAUGCUCAAAGAAAUGGAUGGCAUGUGCUAUUGGAUGCUUCAGCUUUGGGCUCCAAGGACAUGGAUUCUCUUGGCCUUUCAUUGGUCAUGCCUGAGUUCAUCGUCUUCUCAUUUUAUAAGGUUUAUGGGGAAAACCCAACCGGAUUUGGCUGUCUUUUUAUUAAAAAAUCUGUCAUUCCUUACUUGCAUACAUCUUCAGCUGCAAGGGGUAUUGGAAUGGUGAAGAUAGUGCCCAUAUGCAAAGGUAUAUCAACAGCCCCUGCAAAUAAUGAAAUUCAGGAAGGCUUAUGCUCUGAAAGGCCAGAUGCCAAUGGGGGAUCAAAGAACAAGCAGCUUCUCACUCUAACAUCAUCCUCUGGGCCAAUUUCUGAACUUCAUAAAGGAGAUCAAGCUCAGAGCAGUGUGAUUAACAUCACAGAAAGUGAUCACUCUCAAAAAAGUGAUACAGAAUCCCUCCCAGGAACCAAAUUUGGGAGCAAAACUGGAAGUUUCUGCUUCCAACAUGCUAGUAGUUCAUUUGAUAUUACAAGCUCUUCUGAUGGUGGUGCCAGGUUCUUCAGAAAUAGAGGGGGUUAUUGGGAAAAUGAAAGUAUCUUCUUCAAGCAGGAAAAUUUGGAAGGAAUAGCAGAGCAGGAGGAAAAAUGGAAAGAUCAUCCAGUCCCAAAUUCAGAUUUUAUGAAUUGUAAUGGUAUACAGGAAAAUGAUGAAAGCAUGCAUUUGGGGCACCCAAGAGAGAACAUUAAGAACAAAAACAAGGAUCCCAUUGAAACAUCUGGAAUAUGCAGAGAACCUUCUAGUCCAAAAAUAACUGAGACAAGAUUCACAGAUCCUUGUGAUACAGUGGGUACAGGUAAAUAUCAUCAUGGCGCUCCACUUGAAAAUGAAUCUGAAUGCUUACAAAAUGAGAGAGUGAAUGGCAAUUCAGCAACGGUGAGUCCUAAAUCUCAAAUCUUGUUUAGGGGUCUGGAUCAUGCUGAUUCUCUAGGUCUCAACAAAUCCAAUAUUAGGCUCAGAUGUUUGAUAAAUUGGCUUGUAAACGCUUUGUCAAAACUUUGCCAUCCCCCUUCUGAGAAUCCUUGUCAUUUGGUAAAAAUCUAUGGACCUAAGAUUAAGUUUAACAGGGGACCUUCUGUAGCUUUCAAUCUGUAUGACUGGAAAGGUGAAUUGGUGGAACCCUUACUUGUGCAGAAGCUUGCAGACAGAAGUAGCAUAUCAUUAGGUUAUGGUGUUCUGCACAACAUCUACUUUUCAGAAAAAUAUCAGGGUAGUAAUGCUAUAUUAGAGACUAAAAUGGGUGAUGCAAAAUCUGCAACUGUGCAUUCCAAGCCUCAGGGAAGGACAACAGCAAUACCAGUUGUGAGUGCAGCACUAAGUUUUGUGAACAACUUUGAGGAUGUGUACAGAUUGUGGGCUUUUGUUGCUAAGUUUCUGGAUGCAGAUUUUGUUGACAAGGAGAGGUGGAGAUAUAGAGGCCUCAAUCAAAAGACAGUUGAACUAUAAUGAGAAGUUUAGGCACUUACCCAGAUCUGUUCAAUAAGCGUUAGUGGAUUUUCACAAUCCAUAUCAAUAUAGUUACUGUGUUUUUGGAUUUUGAUUUUGCAUCUUCUUAAAAAAAAUUUCAUUCUGAUGAUAGAUCACGGACUGUGAUCCAAAAGAUUGAUUAAAAAUUUAUACACGAUCAAAAUCCAGAAACACAGUAAUUAUAUAGAUCUGUUCAAGUUACGAUUAUGGAUUUUUCUGAUUUGAGUUUGACGACAAACUAAUAAUUGAGAAGUUAUGGGGUUCUCUGUUGUAGACAAAGAAUGAAAAGGAUGCUUAUGGCUAUUUUCCCAGUAAGACGGUUGUGGUUCUGAUUCUUGUAGAACAGGAGCUGAAAAACACAUGCUCAUAUUCAAGUACAUUUGUUUAUGUCCAUAUCAAUUAUCAUUUUGUCCCUCAUGAAAUGUAUAUCUGUAAGUUUUAUGGCAUACUGAUUAACAUUGCCUUACAAAAAGAUACAAAAAGAUAGCAGUUGACAUUCAUUAAGAUUGUUGUUAGUGGAGAAAUUAUUCCAAGAAAUACCCAAGAGUAGUGCAGGAUUUCGAAUCUUCUCUUUUGGAUUA